CUACAACCACUGCCGUGCAAUGGAACCCGAGAUGAUCCAUUUACAACUUUGCCAAUCCAAAGAACCAAAUGUGUAGUGGAAACUCUCGAUUAUUUCGUGGCCAUGUGUAAGGGAAUUGAGUACAGCCAUUCAGUUGCUCCCAAUACACGCAAUCCGCACUUGAUGUUGUUGCUCCCAUAUGCUCUCGAACAUCCCAUUCUAUUCGAAUCCAUCAUUGCCGUCUGUCGAGCCUCAGUAUUGCUGUCGCGGGGGAAGUCUGCUUUCGAGGAUCCAGCAUUCAUUCAACAUCGCGGAAAUGUGCUCUCGGCACUCAAUAUCAAACUCCAGUCAGACAGUUGCACGGACGACGCAGCCCUCCUCACCGUCACCAUGCUCAUGACGUUGGAGUACCUCACCGGCAAUCACUACGGUGUCCACAUGCACUGCAGAGGGUUGGACAAGAUGAUUCAACUGAGAGGUCCACUGUCAGAAAACUCGGACCCUGACGCCGACUCGGAUUGGAUGCGGUUCGUGAAGACUGGGUUGACCGGCUAUAAAGCCUUGGGAUCCUUCGUCACUGGCCAACCACCGAACAUCCCAUCAAGCUCACUGGGUUUCGCCAGUGAGACUUUUGAGGCCCUCAGCCUCGACAAGCCAUUGUAUUACCCAGAAAAUCCUUUUUCGGAGCAUCUAUGUAUCGUACUAUCACGCUUACCCUCGGGUUUCUCUGAGCUUUCCUUGAUCUCGCGUGUGUCGGAACAAAUGAUUAAUACGCUUGCAUCUAUCAGCGCUGCCAAAACGCAAUACGACUUAUCGGCUGAUACGUCCAGGUCCCCAGCUUCUGGUUUCUUCACGUCCCCGGAAUCACCCCACGAUAGUCAGCAAAUGGCCCUGCAAAACCUGCUGUCCGCACUGCAACGUUUGAGCCUCAUGUCUCCAAGUAUAUUGGAGACCUACCUCUCCUUCGGCCUCAUCUCAUUCUUAUUCCAACUUCGACGUCUGGCGCCACUCAACCUCUUCUAUGACCCCAUUCUACGACAAUUCAUCAGUAUACUACCACAUCACUCCAAACCGGUCACUGUCCAAGAACAGCAUGUCCUCAUCUGGGCCAGUAUGUCGGUGGCAGGCUCCUUGGGAUUACGACUCGUCCCCAUGCCCGGUGCCCACACGAUCUUGGAUCAUAUGUUUGAGCUCUACCUUGAAUCACGGAAAUGGUCACGACUGGAGAAGAUCUUGUGCAACUUCUUCUGGACACAAGCCAUCCUGGAACACUGGAAGGGUGUCUGGGAAACCGCCAUGGCGCGCCGCGCGCUCCUACUCAAAAGAAAGGAUUCUUCA